AUGAAAACUGAGUCUGACAGUAACGAUGUGAACAAUGAAAAUGGUGAAAUUACGGUGUAUGAAAGGAGUAAUGAUGAAAAGCAAGAAAAUGCGAAAAAGGAUACAAAUCCGAAUAGUGAAACCCAAGAUGUAAAAAUCUUUAGGUGCGUGGAAGUAGGGGGUAAAGAUUUUGUCGAUGAUGUUGAAAACGAUGAGUCCACGCAUGAAUGGAAUUCGAAAGGCGUUGGAAGUGACGAUUUAAAGGGAGAUCAAGAUAAUGUGCUGAUGAAAAGAGUGGUGAAAAUAAACGGACAGUCAGCAAAAGCAUCGAUUAGAACCAGUUUAGGUGUAAACUUAAUAAGCAUAAAUUAUGUAGAAAAAAAAGGGCUUACUUGGAAACAUCCAAAUAAAGAUAAUGAAGUCGUUGGGUAUGUUCCUAGCGCUGAGGUUGAUAUCGACGGUGUUAAAGUAGAUCAAAAGUUCCAUGUGAAGCGUGAAUUGGGUUGUGAUGUCAUUCUUGGAAUGCCGUGGGUCAUGAAAACAAGGUGUAGUUUCGAAUGGAAGGAUGGAAAAUGUUACUGUAUGAUCCGAACUGGCUUUGAGAAAGCAACGUUCGAGAUCUCUGAUGAAAACUUAGAUGAAUACGCAAUGAAUAAAGGUAAUAUAAUGAAGAGUGACGAUCAAAGAGAAAAUGAAUUUGUUGAUAUUAGGUGUAUUGAACGCGAAGUGGUGGAGAAUGAUGGUACCGAUGAAGAGGAUGAGAAAUAUAGUGAUGGAAAAGACAAUGAUAUUAUGAAUAUGAGGCGUGUAGUGUUGGAGGAUAAUGAGGCUGAGUUUGAUGAUAAUGGGGGUGAAGCUGCAGAUGGUAGAGUGAAUGAAUCUGAAAAAGAUUACCGCGAAAAUAAAAUCGAAAAUGAAAAGGUUGAACAAAAGGCAUUUGUUCAUUGUCAAAGCCUCGGGAAAAUGAAUUGUGGUAAUGGAGCACAUAAACACGAGUGUGAAGACAGAAAUGAGAGAUGCAUAGGAUUGAAAGAAGCGUACGUGAGUCAGCCAAGUACCAUGCGAGCAUUAAACGGUAUGUUGAUGGCUAGAGAUUGUAUGAAUGCUCAAAUAAGGUUAAAUGAAUUAAGUUAUCGAAGAACCAAUAAUGGGCAUUUAAUGUUUGGAAGUUCGACAUUACAAAGUGCAUAUAUUCGGGAACGAUAUAAAAGCAUAAAAGCUGGAAUGUGGAGCACUCCGAAUAUUUAUGGUGACAAAGACCAUAAGAAAGGUGUUGGUUGGAGUAAAUGGGACGUUGCAUGUUGUGGCAAAGUGAAGAGUCGAAAAUGGAUGGGUCAACGAAGUCUAAGGCAUGAUGUGAAAGGAAUCAAUUUCUACAAGCGAUUGUAUUUGGAUGAAAUUGUUGGGUGUAGUUCUGAGAAAUUGAUUAGUGCAGUAUUUG